AUGGUGGGGAAGAUCUUGCUGCGCCAUAAUUACAUUCCGGGUUCCGGACUCGGAGCACGUGGGCAAGGGAUCAACCGCCCAAUCGAGAUCGAAGAGUACAAGAACAGGAGGGGACUCGGUUUUCGCCCUUCCUGCCACGAGAUUAUUGAAGCCCGUAGAGGCAAGCGCCCCCACCGUCUCGCAGCGUACUACGGGAAGAUCAACAGGGGCACCCCAGUUCCGCCACUCUCCCACUUCUUUUCAGGAUCACAGCACAUCGUCGGAGGUACUCUUGACGGCCCCUCCUCGGAUUUAGACGACGCGCUUGUCGAUCUGCCAGGCAUAUACGCCGUCACCGAGGAGACUCCUUCAGGGGUCUACAUCCGCCUCGCGCAGGAGAAUGAGGAGCUCAACAACUGGACCUCAAUAGAGGAGAGUUUGCACCGCCUCGAGAACCGUCAACUCACCUCAGUUGAGCCAACAGAAGAAAUCAACAUAGGCACUGAAGAGGAACCUCGCACGCUAAAGAUCGGGACGGGCCUCGAUCCAACACAACGAGCUCGGAUGAUCGAUUUCUUGAAGGAGUACCAAGAGGUCUUUGCCUGGUCCUACGCCGACAUGCCGGGCUUAGAUCCGUCGAUAGUCAAGCACUCUCUCCCACUCGAUACAGAGAACUUCCCGCCCAAACGGCAACACCUACGGCGGCAGCGAGCCGGCCUUCUCCUCCGCAUCAAGGAGGAGGUCGUCAAGCAGAUAAAUGCGGGAUUCCUAGAAGUCUGCAAUUACUCUGAAUGGGUGGCAAACAUCGUGCCCGUGGAGAAAAAGGACGGAAGGGUCAGGGUUUGCGUCGACUAUCGGGACCUCAACAAGGCUAGUCCUAAAGACAACUUCCCUCUGCCUCACAUCGACGUCUUGGUCGACAACACCGCGCGCCACAAUCAGUUCUCCUUCAUGGAUGGCUUUUCGGGGUAUAACCAAAUCCGGAUGGCUGAAGACGACAAGAUCAAAACGACUUUCAUCACGAUGUGGGGCACGUUUUGCUACAAGGUCAUGCCCUUCGGGCUCAAAAAUGCCGGGGCAACCUACCAACGGGCAAUGGUUACGCUCUUCCACGACAUGAUGCAUAAGGAGAUCGAGGUCUACGUCGACGACAUGAUCGCAAAGUCCAAGGAGGGAGAGGAUCACCUCGUCAAUCUGAGGCGUCUCUUCGAACGUCUCAAGAAGUACAAGCUUAGGCUCAACCCGGCCAAGUGCACAUUCGGCGCGAAAUCCGGAAAACUGCUAGGAUUUGUGGUCAGCGAACGAGGCAUCGAGGUCGAUCCUGACAAGGUGAAAGCGAUUAGGGAGUUACCUCCGCCAUCAACAGUGCGCGAGGUACGGAGCUUCUUAGGACGACUGAACUACAUCGCGCGUUUCAUCGCGAACUUAUCAGAUAAGUGUCAACCCCUCUUCCAGCUGCUUCGUAAAAAUGCAGCAAUUGAAUGGGACGACGAUUGUCAGAAGGCCUUUGACGAUAUUAAGACAUACUUAGUUCAGUCGCCGGUGUUGGUCCCGCCCACGCCAGGUCGACCUCUCAUUCUUUACCUGACGGUGCGCCGGCAAUCAUUGGGGUGCAUGCUGGGACAAGAAGAUGAGUCCACACGCAGAGAACAUGCCAUCUACUAUCUGAGCAAGAAGUUUACUGAAGGGGAAUCCAAUUACCCGGAGAUUGAGAAGAUGUGCUGCGCACUGGUGUGGGUCAUGCAGAGACUUCGACAGUACACCCUCUAUCACACUAUCCGCUUGCUGUCGAAAGCGGAUCCCCUGAAAUAUCUACUUGGUAGCCCAUCCUCCAUGAGGAACAUUGCAAAGUGGCGCUGUCAACUGACGGAGUACGACAUCGAGUAUGUGCCCCGCACAUCAGUCAAGGGGCAAGCAAUUGCAGACCAUUUGGCGGAAUUUCCCAUCGAGGAUGACACGCCGAUCAACUCCGACUUUCCAGACGAAGGGAUCCUCCGAGUAGAUGAGGAGGAGGAUGGGACCGCGUGGAAGAUGUAUUUCGACGGCGCGGUGAAUUCCACCGGUUCUGGUAUCGGCGCAGUGCUGAUAUCCCCGGACGGACGUUAUUACCCGAUUGCAGCAAAAGUUAAUUUUCUCUGCACCAAUAAUGUGGCCGAAUACGAGGCAUGCAUCCUUGGCUUGCAAGCAGCGAUUGAUUUCAAGGUGAAGGAGCUAGAAGUGUUCGGAGAUUCAAUGCUCACAAUCUUCCAAACGUUAGGGCAAUGGAAGACGAAAGACGCAAAGUUAGUACCAUACCACGAGUAUCUCGAGGAGUUAGCGGAGAACUUCGAGAAAAUCUCGUUCACCUACACGCCACGUAUCAAGAAUCAGUUUGCAGAUGCACUCGCGACACUGGCAUCAAUGGUGAGCAUCACAAAAGAAAACCUCAUCGAGCCACUUGAGAUCGAGAUUGCCAAAGGCCCGGCUUACUGCGACACAAUCGAGGCGACUGAUGAACAGCCAUGGUACGAAGACAUCAAACAUUUUUUGCAAACUGGCCAAUACCCGACAUUUGCCAACCGUCGGGACCGGAAAACACUUAGGCGACUCACAGCGCAUUACUUCCUGAGCGGAGAGACUCUCUACCGCCGUUCCUUCGACGCCACGCUACUCCGGUGUGUUGACGAAAACGAGGCACAAUGCCUCAUGGGAGAGAUACAUGAAGGGAGUUGUGGACCCCAUAUGAGCGGUCUCAUGCUCACCAAGAAACUCAUGCGCCUAGGUUACUUUUGGUCCACCAUGGAGGCCGACUGCGCCAAACACGUCAGACACUGCCACUUGUGCCAGGUCUAUGCCGAUCAGAUCAAAGCACCCCCCAAUGAGCUACGCCCGAUGGCGGCCCCGUGGCCCUUUUCAAUGUGGGGCAUUGACGUGAUCGGCCCUAUCAAUCCCAAAGCAUCCAAUGGACACAUGUUCAUUUUGGUGGCAAUUGACUACUUCACCAAGUGGAUCGAGGCCAUAACGCUCGCUUCGGUCACCGCAAAUGCCGUGGCACGUUUCCUUAAGCGCGACAUCAUCGCCCGAUAUGGAGUCCCCGAAACAAUCAUCACCGACAAUGCUAAGAACCUGAACAACAGGAUCAUCGAUGAGCUUUGUGAGCGAUUCAAAAUACACCACCGCAAUUCCACACCAUACCGUCCCCAAAUGAACGGUGCGGUGGAGGCUGCGAACAAAAACAUCAAGAGGAUCAUCGAGAAAAUGACGGUGACCUAUAAGGAUUGGCACGAGAUGCUCCCUUUUGCGCUCUUGGCAUAUCGAACGUCCAUCCGCACUUCAACCGGGGCAACUCCGUACUCCUUAGUCUACGGCAUGGAAGCAAUCCUCCCAAUCGAAGUGGAGAUUCCCUCCAUGAGGGUCCUCGCCGAGUCCAAGCUCGAAGAAGCAGAAUGGGCGAAGCAGCGCUACGAACAGCUCAAUCUCAUUGACGAGAAACGGCUAACAGCGCUCUGCCACGGUCAAUGCUACCAACAAAGAAUGGCUCGAGCGUUCAAUGCAAGGGUUCGCCACCGCGAAUUCCGCCCCGGUGAUCUCGUCCUACGAAAGGUCUUGCACAUCACACCUGACUCUCGGGGCAAGUUUGCAUACAAGUAUGAUGGACCUUUCGUCGUCAGGGAAGUCUUCUCCGGAGGGGCAAUUAUCCUAAGCGAUAUGGACGGGACCGAAAACGCACUCCCGGUCAAUGCCGAUGCCCUUAAGAAGUACUACCCUUAAUGGCCUCUUUGUCAUCCGGCGGUUUCUUUGUGUUCUCGGAGGUUUCAGGCUACCGUCCAGGCCCUUAUC